ACCCCAAGCCGAAGCCCAUGCUCACACCCGAGCCCGACGAGAAAGGGGAGGAACGUAAGCGUGGUCCAACAUGGCAAACUCCAAUGUGCGCACGCGUGGGUUUGGAAUACUACAACAGCAUGAAUCAGGGGGAUCAAUAUGAGCUGGUUAAAGCAGUGAGCAGCAAUGCCUUUGUCUUCAAUGGUAUCUGGUUCCAUGCAAAUUUUCUUGCUAAGCGUAAAGGAGCUACCAAUUGUGUCGAUCUUGUCCCCAAGUAUUUCUUUGCCGAAAUAGAAAGCAGGACGGGUGGUCAUUUUUGUGUUUCGUGUGUUAAGCUUGACCAAGGCGAUCCCAAAAAUAUUGGUGGUUGUACACUGUGCUCUGAAAAGAUGAUGCAUCCUGCUGGUGGUAGGUAUCACGGUGCCCAAACUCGGUCCGUCCGGCAUGCUCCUGGUGGUCUACAGAUUUCAUUCAAUUUCUGAAUGUUGGAACUGUUAGAACCUGGUGUCCAUUUCCUCCGCGCAAGUGGGAGUCAUCCGUUCCGCUGUGCCUCCUCAUGGGCGCCAA